UUAAAGUUCAGGAGAAUACUUUGCCCUUUCCUUUAUUUUGUUUCCCAAUUAGAUUUUAAUUAGUGCUAUUCUUCUACGAGAAAAGGUUAUGGAAACAGCAGCCAAGACCGUCUGUGUGACUGGUGCCUCUGGUUUCAUUGGCUCGUGGCUCGUCAUGAGACUCCUAGAGUGUGACUAUAAAGUUCGAGCCACUGUACGCGACCCUGAUAAUAUUAAGAAAGUGAAGCAUUUAUUAGAUUUACCAAAGGCUAAGACGCACAUGACUUUAUGGAAAGCUGAUCUCUCUGAAGACGGAAGCUACGAUGAUGCCAUUAAAGGGUGCAUAGGCGUGUUCCAUGUCGCCACCCCAAUGGAUUUCGACUCCAAGGAUCCCGAGAAUGAAAUUAUAAAACCAACUAUCAGUGGAGUAUUGGAUAUCAUGAAGGCAUGUGCAAAGGCAAAAACUGUUGAAAGGUUAAUAUUCACAUCAUCUGCAGGAACCGUGGACGUUGAAGAACACAAAAGACCAGUAUUCGAUGAAAGCUGCUGGAGCGACGUUGAUUUUAUUCGGGCCGUAAAGAUGACUGGAUGGAUGUAUUUCCUCUCCAAGACUCUUGCAGAGAAAGCUGCAUGGGAAUUCGCUAAAGAGAACAAAUUUGAUUUCAUCACUAUCAUCCCACCUCUAGUUGUUGGUCCAUUUAUAAUGCCAACAAUGCCACCUAGUCUUAUAACUGCUCUUUCGGUCGUCACUGGAACUGAAAGUCAUUAUUGGAUUCUAAAGCAAUGCCAUUUUGUUCACUUGGAUGACCUGUGCAAUGCUCACAUAUUUUUGUAUGAGCAUCCAAAAGCUGAAGGCCGAUACAUUUGCUCUUCUCACGAUGCUAACAUUUUUGAGCUUGUAGAUUUGCUAAGACAAAAAUAUCCUGAGUAUAAUGUUCCAACAAAGUUUAAAGACAUCGGAGAGGACAUUCAGAAGUGCGUCUUCUCUUCCAAGAAGCUCACAGACAUGGGUUUUGAGUUCAAAUAUAGCUUGGAAGACAUGUUCACAGGAGCAAUAGAAACCUGUCGAGCUAAGGGAUUGAUUCCACUUUCUAAUAAGCCGCCUGUUUCGCAUGGCAAAGAAGCUGUCGGGAAGGGCAAAGCAGAGGAAGUGAUAAUUACUACUAAUUAGAUGUGCCAAAAGGCCUAUAUUUUACUGUUUAGUUUUCUCUCUAGAUCUAUAUAUAUAUGUAAUAAGAGGGAGAGCUUAAUUAAAGUUAUUGUAAUCCAUCUUUUUUUACUCAAUAAUUUUAGGAUAUUACACUAUAAUUUUAUAUGAUCAUGAGAAUGAAUUAAGUGGAGAAUAUCUCAUUAUUC